GGACCCCCCUCCCCCUGGCAGCCACUGAAAACAUCCAUUCACUUUACACACAGUUUGUCAGGUCUGCUUUUCUCCUGAUAGCAGGACACACAAACUGCAGUGGAGCCUAACACUCAGUGGGAAACUCUCACUUUGGUCUCACAUUGUAAAUCAUCAGAGGCCUGCUGUCAAAAUGGAUGUCAUUCCCAUCUCUAUACGCUCUCUUAUGACGAAGCCUGCAGACAAACAAUGCAUACCUAGAUAGCAAUAAAUUUCGAUAUCUUCCCAUAGGAAAUUUAGAGCUGAACUAAAGAGUGACAAAGAAUAAAUUUUUUUAUCCAUAAAUCCUUUCCUCAGAGUUUAUUUAUUAACACAUAUUACCUCAUAAAAUACGGUCAAAUCCCAAUAAAUUGGCUUAUUUUAACUUUGAUUGACACUUAUAUUGCCAGUUACCCAGAGAUGGAUUCAACAACACUAGCAACCUUCGCUGCUGCCACUACCAUUGCUGUGGUUUCUCAGUCUGUCAUGUCAGAGUACUUGUGGCUGUUGGUGGUAGGUUUCAUCAUUGCCUUCAUCUUGGCUUUCUCCGUGGGGGCCAAUGAUGUGGCCAACUCCUUCGGUACAGCAGUGGGUUCCGGGGUGGUCACUUUGCGGCAGGCCUGCAUCUUGGCCACCAUCUUUGAGACAGUGGGCUCAGUGCUGCUGGGAGCCAAAGUCAGCGAGACCAUCCGAAAGGGCAUCAUUGACGUCCAGAUGUACAAUGGCUCGGAGCACGUUCUGAUGGCAGGAUCAAUAAGUUCAAUGUUUGGCUCUGCUGUGUGGCAGCUGGCUGCGUCAUUCCUGAAGCUCCCCAUUUCUGGAACUCACUGUAUUGUUGGAGCCACAAUUGGUUUCUCCAUGGUAGCCAGAGGUCACCAAGGUGUCAAAUGGAUGGAGCUACUCCGCAUAGUGGCAUCCUGGUUCCUGUCACCUUUGCUGUCCGGCAUCAUGUCAGGAAUUCUCUUCUAUUUUGUUCGCAAAUAUAUUCUUAACAAGACUGACCCUGUACCAAACGGCCUCAGAGCUCUUCCCAUCUUCUACGGCAUCACUAUGGGCAUCAACCUCUUCUCCAUCAUGUUUACAGGAGCGCCAAUGCUCGGUUUUGACAGAAUGCCAUGGUGGGGUACACUGUGCAUUUCGCUGGGGUUUGCCUGUGUCACAGCUUUGGUCGUUUGGUUUGUUGUCUGUCCACGCCUCAAGAAGAAAAUCAGACGAGAAACGGCUGCUGCUCCCUGUGAAACUCCACUAAUGGAGAAAAACUCCAACAGACCUGCACUAGAAGAGCAUCCCUCAACAAUCUAUGACCCUCAACCCCAGACCCCUCCAGUAGAUAGUCAGAAGGUGGCUUUCCAACUUGGAGGCUCAGAGGAGGCAGAUUUGGACAACAAUGAAAUGGAGACCAAAGACUUGGAUUUGAGUAAUGGGCGGCUGAAUGGCAAUGUUGGCCCCAUGAUGAUCACAGAUCCUCACAGCGGACUGUCCCACACGGUCCACAAAGAUUCUGGCCUUUACAAAGAUCUGCUACACAAACUUCACAAGGCCAAAGUUGGCGACUGCAUUGGCGACAGUGACACAGAAGAACGGCCUAUACGGAGAAACAACAGCUACACCUCAUACACCAUGGCCAUCUAUGGCAUUCAAGGAGAACCUAAAUGCAAGGAACAGGAUGGCGGGCUGCAGAGUAGACCAAGGGUGGACAGUUACAGCAGCUUCAGCUCAGCAAUGACCACUGGGAGUUCAGUCCCCGAACCGAGUGUGACGCAGGAAGCUGGCGGGGACCCUGUUGUGGAGGAAGAUGAGCUGGAGGUUGACCAACCAGCUGUUUCUUCGCUUUUCCAGUUCCUUCAGAUCCUCACGGCAUGCUUUGGCUCCUUUGCUCAUGGAGGGAAUGAUGUCAGCAAUGCAAUUGGUCCACUGGUGGCUCUCUGGCUUCUGUAUGAAAGUGGUUCUGUGGUGUCCAAUUCACCCACACCCAUCUGGUUGCUUCUGUAUGGCGGAGUGGGCAUCUGCGCUGGGCUGUGGGUAUGGGGCCGAAGGGUGAUCCAGACCCUGGGCAAAGACCUAACCCCCAUUACACCUUCUAGUGGAUUCAGCAUCGAGCUAGCUUCAGCAAUCACAGUUGUUGUGGCCUCCAAUGUUGGUCUUCCUGUCAGCACAACACACUGCAAGGUAGGAUCUGUGGUGGCUGUUGGAUGGCUGCGUUCCAGGAAAUCAGUUGACUGGCGUCUGUUCAGGAACAUCUUCAUCGCCUGGUUUGUUACAGUUCCUAUCUCCGGGCUGAUCAGUGCUGCCAUCAUGGCUAUCUUCAUAUAUGUUGUUCUGUGAGUGAAUGUCACAGUUUUCAGCUAGUCUGUCAGCACACUGUUACUUCAACCGAUGGAGCACUACCAACAGUUAUUUUUUGAAAAAACUGUGCUCAUAAAUAUGUUUUUGUUAAUGAUGUUUAUUAUGUCAUUUAAUGCCAUUUCAAGGUCAAGCCAAUGAGGAUAUGUCCAUGAACAAUGGAACUGUUCAAAUAUCCAGAAGUCUGUGAUCUUGUAAAUCCCUAUGAAUAUUUGCAUAAAAGCAAAAAUAUUUCAAAAUUCAAAUAAUUAAAUUUUGAUUUAAAAAGAAGACAUUUAAACAGUUAUAUUCUAUGUUUUACUAUUUGGCCAAUGAAACAAGAAGUUGCCUGAUUUGAAGGGAUUUCAAUGUAUUUUACUCGAUAUUAAAUAUUUUCAGCAGCAUCUUAUUUAUGUUUGCAUGCAAAAAGACGGGUUAAUAAAAUUUAAAGAACACCAUCUUAAGUGUUUUUGUUUUCCAAUAUGACAUAGAUUUUACAAGUAGGAUAGCUGACAGAGACAGACACAACGCAUAUUGUAAGAGAAACAGCAAACACACACAUAAAACCUUCUCAUCCCACAUAAUCAACAAAAUCACAAUCAGCAUCACAAACAGGUUUGUUGCCAAGUAGUUUUGCACAUAUGAGGAGUUUGCCUUGGUGUUCUGGUGCAUAACAGUCAAAAUAUAGACAAUCAUAAAUCAUAAUUGUAAAUAAUAUGAAAAGACAUAUUUGCAGAAAAAUAUGUAAAAUAUAUUCUAAGUGAUAUUGAAAUGAAUAUGUAUGUAAUGUAUAAAAUAUUGACCAGAAAUGUACAAAUGUUCAUAGUGUAAACAGUAUAUAUAAAAUGUUUUGUCAGUCACAUUUUAAACAAGAAGUGAUGAGUGCUUUUAAAGGGAAGAAAAAUAAAACAUCUUGUCAGUUUAUAGUGAACCAUAAAAUUACAUCCUCAUUCUCUUCCUCAUUGUCCUUCUGCUUUUCUGAUUCGCUGGUGGCUUCAUCCCUG